AUGAGUGGAAAAGAGACAUUUAUUGGAGGAGAUGAUGUGGGAGCAAUCAUUGUUGAUGUAGGUAGUUAUAUGACAAAGAUAGGAUAUGGUGGGGAAGAUUGUCCAAGACAAGUUUGGCCAUCAGUAGUAGGAGUUAGAGAGAAUGCUGAAAAAAGGUUUCCAUUAAAUUUUUUGAGUUAUUUGGAAGAAGUUUCAGUGGAACCUUGUUUAAAUUUUGUAGAUGGUAGCUUAACUUUGAACGAGAAUGUAUUUGAAGAAAUUAUUAGAAAAACAACAGGAAAAGGAGGUCUUUCAACGGAUUUAAGAGAACAUCCGGUAUUAUUAACAGAGCCAUCAAAACAUAAUAGACAAAUCAGAGAGAAGGAAGUUGAAAUUAUGUUUGAAAAGUUUGAUGUUCCUGCAGUUUAUACGGCAAAAAAGGCAAUUUUGAGUGCUUUUUCUGUGGGUAGAUCAUCUGGUUUGGUUGUAGACAUUGGAGCAACAACAACUUCAAUAGUUCCAAUAUUAGAUGGAUAUACCCUUCAAAAACCACUAUGCGAAUACCCAAUAGGUGGAGAUUUUUUGGAUGAUCAGAUUGCCAGGCAUUUACUAAAAGAGAAGAAUUUAAGUAUUUCUCCCAAUUUUUCUGUUAGAAAGAUAAUUCACAAAGAUAAACCAUUAAGUUAUGAGCAAGUUAGUUUGGAAAAAGUGAGUAGUUCAUAUAUUGAAUAUGGUAGAAGAGAGGUUUUAAGGAACAUAAAAGAAUCUAUUUGCCGUUGUGCUGAACAUGAAGAGAUAGCAAAAACAUCAUCAGCACUAGCUACAUCCACUUAUGAAUUGCCAGAUGGUACUUUAAUUGAUUCUGAACCUAUUGGUAUCCGUGUUCCUGAAUGCCUUUUAAAUCCGGAUAUGAUCAUCAGUGAUUCUGACCUACCUGCAAUAAACACUAAUGGAUUUCCAGGACUAUGUUCUGCAAUAUCUAAUACUAUUAUAGCUUGUGAUAUUGAUAUCAGAAAAGAUUUAAUAGGGGCAGUGAUUCUAACAGGAGGGACAUCCGUCAUUCCAGGAUUAGCUGAUCGUGUUUCAAAAUCUUUGGCUGAAGAUGACAAAUUGUCGGGAGGAGGGCCUAAAUUAAAGAUUAUAUCUCCGAAUUCUACAAUAGAAAGAAAGUUUUCGAGUUGGAUAGGUGGAAGUAUUUUAGCAUCUCUGGGUUCCUUCCAACAAAUGUGGUUCAGUAAAGAGGAAUACACUGAACAUGGAGUUAAAUUGGUUGAGAGAAAGUGUUCUAAUUAA